AGCAACCCUGUCAGUGGGCAUUGUUGUGACGAGUAAAAAAGCAAAAGGGGGGAUAUCUCUCUUCGAUUUUCUCUUUAAUUUGGCCAUUUUCUGGGACUUUUCCAGGAUCUUUUUUUGCGCGAUGGUGUAAAUAAGGUGCUGUUGGGUGAUUUGUGAGGGAAAAGUCUGUGAAAUGUUGUGGAAUUGAGGCAGGAGAGUGUGAAUAGUGUGUGACGUGUGUGCGGAGGAAUGUGUCAAUUGCGGGGCAUCUUUCGACGUGAUUCACACACAAAAACUCCCUGCUUUCAGUCGUGCGAGUCAGAGACUCAGUGGUGGCCACAGAUCCAGUAACUCUCUUAUCUCUGUCGCGCCGUAGUGAGCUAAAAAAAAGAGUACAAGUGAAGGUUCCGCACGAGGUCGAUUCAGUGAGAAUCCGUGGGCGCAGUGAGAGUGAAGUGAUUGAUAAGUGAAGGAUAACGAGAUAAAUAAAUAAAAAAAAAACAGUGUCCAGGAUGAAACAUCAGGGCAGUACAGCUGGUGCGGGAACAGAGAAAAAGAACAAGUCCAGCCAGCUACUUUCACACGAAGAAAAUCAGCAGGUUUUCAAUUUGCUGGACAGAAAAUGCAUGUCAAUGUGCACCGCUGUGGUCCAGUUAUACGUGACAGAUGCUCCGGCACAUUCGCACUGGGUGAAACGGUAUACGGGGGCCCUGUGCUUUGUCAAAGAUAGCGGCAAGAAGUCCUACUACUGCCGUCUCUUCUGCCUCAUGCGUCACGAAAUGGUCUGGGAACAGGAAAUGUAUGACACCAUUCAGAUUCAACGAACUCGACCCUACUUGCUCAAUUUUGAGGGCCAGGAUGGUAUCGUGGCGCUCAAUUUUGCGUCUGAGGAAGAGGCAGAGAGCUUCCACAGAGUCUCCACCUUAACGGUGGCCAAUCGUAUUAAGAGGCGAGAAGAACGUCUCAAGCGAUCGUCAACGAGAAAGGAACCACCACCUCGCCCGAAUGCAGCACCGCAAGUCUCUCAGCAGCACAAUAAUGUAGAGGAUAAUUCUCAGGUGAUAAUGCGACAGCAGCGGACGGCAGUUCCGCCGCAGACACCGCCUCAGGUAGCGGCGCCGGUGCCGCAUUAUUUCGGUGGAAUGUCGGGUGGUGGGCAGAAAGGGAAGAAGGGUCGUGAUAGGAAGAUCACAAAGGAAGAUAUUGGGAUUCCGAUGGACUUUAAGCACAUCACGCAUGUUGGGUGGACUGAGCAGAAGGGCUUUGACUGGACGGGCGAAGAGGUGGAGCACUUGAAGCCAUUCCUGAGGAAGGCUGGAGUGUCUGAGCGUCAGCUGAAGGAUCGCGAAACGAGAGAGUUUAUCUAUGAUUUCAUCCAGAGCAAUAAAGUGUUGGACCUUGUGUCUUCUAGUAGUCCUCCGGGGACUAAGCCUCCGCCCCCAUCGGUUACGGGUGGCAGGCAGAUGCCUCCGCCACCAGUGCCGACGCGCCAACGGAGUCGCAAUGGGGCCCGAGCGGCUCCGCCACCGCCUCCACUCAGGCAACCACAGACAACUCCAGCUCCCCCAAAAGCUCCCCCUCCGGGCAGACCACCACCAAUUGCAGCUGCUCCUCCGCCACCGGGGGCUCCAGCGCCUCCGCCACCACCACCACCGCCCCCAAUGGCGCCCCCACCACCAAUGGCUCCACCACCGCCGAGCGAACCCUCUGGAGGUACUUCACAGGCGUCCAGCAUCGGAAGUGGGGAACCUGAUGCAAGGUCAGCUCUCAUGGAGAGCAUCCGACAGGGCACAAAACUCAAGAGCGUCGAUCGGAGCAAUGUGGGCGGUGGAAGUGGCGAUUCGCGAUCGGAUCUGCUGGAGGAGAUUCGACGCGGGAAGGGUCUAAAGCCGGCGUCUGAGCGAGAGCUGCCGAGUGUUCAGAGGUCCAAUAGUGGAGCAGGAACGGAUGCCCUAGCAGAUGCUCUGCGAAGGGCUCUGAUGGAACGUGGAAGGGUGAUUAGGUCUUCGGAUGAAGAAAGCAAUAACAGCACUGACAACGAUGGCGAAUGGGAUGAUUAGGAGAGCAAAAACAAAAAAAUUGAGCCUGUGAAGUGUGAGUGAAAUUUUUUCCAGGAUUUAUUCGCGACAAUAUCUAAAAAAAAAUGUGUGAAAAGAGUGCAGAGGAGUUGAUAAAAAAACGGUGCACGGUAAAUAUUUCUUUAUUACAUCAUCUUAACUUUCUUAGAAGGUCUUAUUUGUAGGAAUUACAAAAGGAAAAAAAAUGAAUCAGUGAAAGAUUUUCAAUUGCUUAGCAUUAGAAUUGAAUUUAGAAUGAAGAAAAAAAAUAUCAAUUGAUGAAGAGAGAGGAAAACUUCUUGAAGAGUGCCAAAUUAGAUUGUACAGUUAAUAAGUUACCAAGUAGGAUUGUUUUUGCAGGCAAAAAGACAUUUCACACAAUUUCAAAAGAAAAAAAGAAAAUAAUAGCAAAACACAAUUAAUUUAAAAGGAAUUUAGCGCAAUUUUCAAAUUUUCAAUUGCAGAGCAAUAUACUUUUUUUUCUAAAUAUCUUAAUACCAUUUAUCGCAUUAGUAAGAUAACUUUUUUUCUUUUUGUUUUAUUUUAUUUUUUUGGCAAAAAGAAAAUCGCAAGUUUAUUGAAAUAUAUAACACACAAAAAAUAUAUAAAAUAGGAAUAAUUACAGAAGAAAAAAGAAAGAAAUUCACUGUAAUAAUAGUAAUGUUUAUUUUACUUUCUUGUUUCUUUUUUUUUGCAUAACCAAAUCCCAAUUAUUAUGAAAAAAAUAUAUUUGACAAAAAUAAUGUUAUGACAUUGA